AUGGACCAAGAAAUGGAAGAAAUUCCAACGCGACCUGAAAUGGAAUGCGUGCGCAUGAAGCGCGAUUACGCUACCGCGUUGCCGUCCAUCCAGUCUUUGGCUGAGCCUGCCGAACUUAUCGAAGGCAUGGCUCGUUUUAGCUGGUUUGUUACAAUGGACGAAGCGAAUGACGAAUUCAUCUUGAAAUGGAUGAAGGAGAUCAUGUCAAAGCCCUUGAACAACGCGAUUCCGAACGCUGAAAAAGAGCUCGAGAAAUUACGAUGGAACAUAUCUGAAAAGGAUGUUACCAUGCGCGUGCAAGUCUAA